AUGGCGCCUGCUUUCGCAAUCUUGGCCUCAAACGAUGCCGCCGCCAAGGUGGCAGGCAAGAACUCGGCCUCCGCGGGGGUGCAGCUCUUCCAGAUGUUUUCUUCGACUUCAGCCUUGCUGGGCUUGAGCCGAUCUGCAGACUAUUCAGCAAGCAAUGCAAAUCUGAACUGCCUCAUCAACUUUCGGCGCACCAACGGCGUCAACGGGCAGAGCAACAUGUGGGGCGAGAUCGCUGGCACUGGCCUCGCGGGAGGCGGAACAGGAGCAGCUGGCAAGCACGGCGACACCAGCGCAGGUGCUGCAGCCGCGUCGGAGGCAUACACCGCAGAUGGCCUGCCAAAGAAGCUGCCCAAGACGCCGGAGCCCGACUUUGUCAGCAAGUACCCCCCGUCCUACUACCACCGGGAGCCUGCCCGCGCGGACCUGGCGAUGAGCCUGCGGGAGGUGAACACCGCCAUGGAGCUGCAGCACAAGAGUAACUUCUCGUCCAUGGAGAAGGAGGGCUUUACACCAGCGCGAGGACUGCAGGUGAGCAUUAAGACCAAGGAGAAGGAUGACAAGGUCCUGCUUAUUGCGAACCUGGCGGCGUGCACUCAGGACCAGCACGACGGCGUGAGCUGGGCGCUGAAGCGAGGGGAGCAGACCGUGGGCCCCUUGCACAGCACCUGGACCCACGACCUGGGCCGCGUGCAGGGCCUGUGCAUGCCAUGGCUGGACAGCCCGGAGAAGGCGAACCUGGACUGCGAGUACUCGGUCUGCUGCCGCAUGAAGGGCGCGGUGAGGAUCUCGCAGAACGGGGAGCGCCGGCAGCUGGCAGCGGUGCUGCUGCCUAACGUGCAGGUGGCGAGCGCGGAGGGCUGUGAGGCUUUGGCGGUGCAGCCCAACAAGUGGUACGACGUGCCGGGCUUGUCGCAGGUCUCCUACACCAACACCGGGGAGAAGGUCUUGGUGUUCUGUACUGUUCGGUACACCGCGCUGUGGACCGACGAGAUGACUCGCGGGAGGUUCAGCAUCUUCCGGGACGGCCAAAUGUUGGACCCGGAGCGCUUCGGCCUGCAGUCUGUGCGCGCCACACAGAAAGGCCUCAAGGGGGUGGCGGUCAUGACGAUCAUGGAUGAUCCGCAGGAGGGCCCUCACGUCUACGAGGUGCGGGCGGCGGUGACCACGGAGGAGGGCCAGAUGCGGGUACUGCACCUGGACGCUGCGCCCAGGCAGCUGGGACUGCUGAAGCUGCCAGGCAAUGCGGUCUUCGGGCCAUUCAGGAUGACAGAUGUUGCAGUCAUGGAAGAAGACCACUGGACAGAGGUGACGGGCUUGACGGUGACUGUGACAACCACACGGGCCCAGCAAAAGGUGCUUCUAGUGUGGGGCACAAACUUCAACCCCGCAGAGUUGACCUAUGAGGCUUAUUUCACUGUCAUGCGCCAAGGCAGCGGCGCGACGAAGAACCUGGGCGGGGAAGACCAGGGCCUUUGGUCCGUCGCCAGCGCUGCCACCGGCUCAUCCGAGUACCCGGCAUCCAUGAGCAUCGACUCCCCUGGGGUUGGCACCUUCACUUACACUGUCUUCUGCCGGACUCGAAGAUGUGGCAGCCUGGUGGAGCCGACCAAAGUGGAGCUGGGCCCGGACGGCCACAUCAGCGCGGCGCUGCUCAGCGCCAAGGCCACGAGCCCGGGCCUCGGAAUCCAUCGGGCAAUGGGACGGUGGGCCUGA